UCUUUCUGUCUCUGCCUCUCUCUCUCUCUCUCUCUCUCUCUCCCUCUCUCUCUCGCUGCCAUCAGCUCGCAGACCUGACAGAUGCUGCAACACUUUGUUGGUUAAACAGGAUUAAAAGACGUGAAAGGAUAAGAUAUGAAUCUUCUGAGUGGAGGUGUAGUCCUCCUCAGUGUGUGGGGGGCUGCUCGACUGCUCUCUCUCUCCUGGCUCUGCGGUCUCUUAGCCGGUCUUGGACUCUGUGUAGUCUGGAGGGGAUCCUGGAGGUUCAUACGUGUCGCUUUAUGCACCUUCAGAAGAGACCUGAUGUGUCUGUAUGUGAUCAUGAGAGUGAGGAUUCCCAUGUUCCGUUAUCUGCGUAACAGAAGCACCAUCCCUGCCCUGUUUGCACAGACGGUGACAAAGUAUCCAGAUAAGGCUGCUCUGAUCUACGAGGCCACUGGAGAGGUGUGGACCUUCAGGGAGCUCCAACAGCGAUGCCAUGCUGUGGCCCACUGGGCGCGUGCACAGGGAUGGCUGGAGGGGGAUGUGGUGGCCUUGUACAUGAAGAGUCAGCCUCAGGUGGUGGCUCUGUGGUUGGGUCUGGCUAUGGUGGGUGUGGAGGCUGCACUCAUCAACCACAACCUCCGGCAGCAGUCGCUGCUGCACUGUGUCGGCGUGUCAAGAGCUCGGGCCGUGGUGUUCGGGACGGAGAUGAGAGAAGCUGUGUCAGAGGUUCGAGGCUCUCUGCAGCCCGACAUGCUUUUGUUCAUCAGCGGAGAGCACGACGAUAAAGACGAGCUCUGCAGCCUGGACGGCAUGCUGCAGCGCUCGCCAAAACACCCACCAGACUACACUGUGAAGAAGAGAUUCAGUGACAGACUUUUCUACAUCUACACUUCUGGAACAACAGGAAUGCCAAAGGCAGCGAUAGUGGUGCACAGCAGGUACUAUCGUAUCGCUUCCUUUGGUUUCCACUCGUUUGGAUUACGUCAUGAUGACAUCAUCUACAGCUGCCUGCCCCUGUAUCACUCUGCAGGCACCAUCAUGGCUGUAGGACAGUGUUUACUUUUUGGCGUGACUGCUGUUGUCAGGGCCAAGUUCUCGGCCAGUUGCUUCUGGGACGACUGCGUCAAACACGACUGCACGGUCAUUCUUUACAUAGGAGAGAUCUGCCGUUACCUGUUGGCCCAACCUGUCCGUUCAUCUGAGGCACAUCACAGAGUUCGUGUUGCCGUUGGAAACGGCCUGCGUCCUACUGUGUGGGAGGAGUUCGUCCGGAGAUUCAGAAUCGGGCGAAUCGGAGAAUUUUACGGUGCCACCGAGUGCAACUGCAGCCUGAUAAACAUAGACGGAAAGGUGGGGGCGUGUGGUUUCAACAGUCGCAUCCUGCCCAGCUUUUACCCCAUCAGACUGGUCAGGAUGACAGAGGAGAACGGAGAGCUGCUCAGGGAUCCACAGGGACUCUGUGUGCCCUGUCAGCCCGGUGAGCCAGGUAUGUUAGUGGGACGAAUCAACCAUACUGAUCCGCUCCGGAGGUUUGACGGCUACGUUGAUCAGGAGUCCACCAGGAAGAAAAUAGCUCCCAACGUCUUUAAGAUGGGAGACUCAGCUUAUGUCUCGGGUGACGUUCUGGUGAUGGAUGAAUAUGGCUACAUGUAUUUUAAAGACCGAAGUGGAGACACGUUUCGUUGGCGAGGGGAGAACGUCUCCACCACUGAGGUGGAGGGAGUUGUCAGCGGCCUGUUGGGACACGCUGACGUGGCGGUUUACGGAGUUUCUGUACCAGGUGUGGAGGGUAAGGCUGGUAUGGCAGCAGUCGCUCACACAGGAGGUCAGUUUGACCCCGAAGCGUUCCUGACGGCCGUAAAGAAAUCACUGCCUUCCUACGCACGCCCCGUCUUCCUCAGACUCAUGCCGUCUGUUGACACGACAGGUACCUUCAAAAUCCAGAAGACGCGGCUGCAGAGGGAAGGAUUCAAGCCGGGAGAGUCGAGGGACAAGAUGUACUUUCUGAACAGCCGAGCUGGUCGUUACGAGGCCUUGACUGAUGAACUAUAUAAAGACGUCAUGGAGGGUAGAGUGCGUCUGUAGCCGUGUUCAGAGCGUCGUUUCAAGCCUUUAUAUUUACGCCCCUGUGAUGUUUGUCUUUCAUAUUGAAUGUUGAAUUGAAUUGAACAGUGCUGUGUGCGUGUGUGUGUGUGUGUGUGUGUGUGUGUGUGGAGCCCCUGUUGUGCCGUAGUCCAAUGUGACCUCAGACUGGGACGCCAAUAUUACGCCAUCACAGAAUUAAUAUGAAUGUACAAAGACAUGAUGACAGCCGGCUGAUGAGAUGUUGACCUUACUGAGUAUAUUUGAUAUUUUAUUAGAUUUUUUAAAGAACAAUGAAAUAAAUCAAAGAUGUUUCUCCAGAGAUCAGAAACACAAACGUGUAAAUAUGAUGUUGUCACGGUUUCCUAUGUUUCAUUCUUACAAAGCUUUUAUAACCUCAUAAAAAAAAAACUGUUUAACAGUCAAAGCACCUGAAGGGAUGAAAGUGACUGACAUCACUCCCUCUCUAAAGAUCGACAGACGAGGAGAAGGAAAGACUCAAUUUGUAGUUUUGUUUUUAUUUCUGGAAGGAUAAACAGGUUUCAAUUUCAAGUUGAUUCUGGUCGUCCAUUAAAAAAACAAAACCUCCAAACGAAAACAAGAUUCCUUCAUGUCUGAUCAAAAGUCAGGAAACAUCUCAAAGACAACACACACACACACCAUCUGCUGAGCUAACACACCUUUAUACCCUGUUGGCUGUGCAGAUGUGGUCUGCUUGUGUCUGCUAAAUCAAAGGUCAAAGAAUCAGCAGAUUGAUUUCAGUUGGUUCUGAAAGGGACAUCAGAGUGUGCUCCAAAUGUCACGGCCGUUCAUCCAUCGAUUGAGACUUUUUAUUCAGAGCCACAGAUGUGGACGCCAUGGCGCCAGAAGAAACGUUUAAAGUCACCUUUGUUUGACCUUUAAUGUCUUUAUAAAGAUGUCGAGUUGUCAGUCUGGAGAGCUGCUGCUCCUACAAAAUAAAAGACAAAAACAG